AGAAAUGCGUUUUAGGUUUAUGUGAAUUUCAUGGUUAGUUGCCUAACAGCAAUUGUCUAGAUUAGUGUCUUCGCCAUGCGAAACCAGCUAAUGCUAGCCAGCACUUUUAGCAAGCUAACGGAAGCUAGCCAGUCGCAAUGGAAAUGCAACAGCUUGCCGACUCUUUUCAGACUUUUGGCUUGUUACCGUUUGUUAGUUAAGCGUUCGCUAUCUGUUUUAUGUCUCAGGUUAUGGUUACCUAGCUAGAUAUAGCUAGCGAAGUUGCUAUCUGGAAUGCGAAAUCAUUUUUUUAACCAACAAUAGAUUGUAUCGUUUGGGCAGACUAGUAUGUCCGACUCGACGUAGAGUAGACAGCAGUAUAAUAACAUAAUGAAAUUAAUGUUUGCCAUCAGAUUAGUUGUUCUCGACAUAAUGAUGAUUAGCCGAUCAGAUCGAACCUCCAGCGGCAUAACGUUACCCAAGUACUGUAACUAGCUUGUACUCUGGAGGUCGAGCCGACAGUCCAUUGAAAUCAUGGACAGUGAAGUGUCAGACUUUGAGCCUGCACCAGGGCUUGAGAGCAGUAUGGAGGGCGAGAAUGCACCAGUGUACUGCAUUUGUCGAAAACCUGACAUCAAUUGCUUCAUGAUUGGUUGUGACAACUGUAAUGAGUGGUUUCAUGGUAACUGCAUCAAUCUCACAGAGAAGAUGGCCAAAGCUAUCAGGCAGUGGUACUGCCUGCGAUGCCGAGACAAAAACCCAUCAUUGGAGAUAAAAUACCGUCCAAAGAAGAGCCGCGAAAAGGAGGCAGAGGGCCAGAGAGAGCCAGAGAGAAAAUUUGAAAGACAAAACAGCACUCCAGAUUAUAAAUCUGAAAGGCGCCGUGGAUCAAAGGUUAAGCGCUCAGCYCGUAUGUGUGGAGAGUGCGAGCCCUGCUUGAGGACUGAGGACUGUGCCACAUGCGACUUCUGCAAGGACAUGAAGAAAUUUGGGGGUCCCAACAAAAUAAGACAGAAGUGUCGAUUUAGGCAGUGUGACGUCCGAGCCAGGAAAAUGUUGCGUGUGAAGGAUGAAGAGUUUAAUUUGCGUGAAAGGCGGGAUAAUUCCUACCACCGGAGAAGACGAUAUUCAGACGACUACGAUAGUGAGGCAGAACUCUAUGAAAAGUACAAGGCAGCGGGAUAUGACGACAACAUGCCAUGGCUCAGUGAUGAGGAUGACGGGCCUCCAUUCAGCCCUGUUCUGCGAAAGAAAGCUGUGAAGGUCAAGCAUGUGAAGAGACGGGAAAAUAAAUUUGACAAGAAAAAAGAGUCACGGCGGCACAAACAGAAGCAGAAGCACAAGGACAAAGUCAGGCACAGUGAUAGGGGCGAUGCCAGGGAUGGAGGAGGGCAGCGACAGUGCCUCGGGCCCAGCUGUGUGGAAGCUGCACGAGCCAACUCCAAAUACUGCUCAGAGGAAUGUGGCAUGAAGCUGGCUACCAACCGGCUCUAUGAGAUACUCCCUCAACGUAUCCAGCAGUGGCAGCAGAGCCCCUGCAUCGCUGAGGAGCAGGGCAAGAAGCAACUGGAGCGGAUCCGAAGGGAUCAGCAGAAUGCACGCAUGCGUCUCACUGACAUGGAGAAACGCUUCCACGAGCUGGAGGGAAUCAUUGCUAAGGCCAAGCAGCAGGUAGUCCAGCAGGAUGAGGAGACGAAUGAAGGGGACAAUGAAGAAACAGACCUGAUGAUUUUCUGUGUGUCCUGCAGUCACCCUAUCAACCCAAAGGUGGCACUGCGACAUAUGGAGAGAUGCUAUGCUAAGUAUGAGAGCCAGACAUCUUUUGGUUCAAUGUACCCAACAAAGAUCGAAGGAGCAACAAGACUCUUCUGCGAUGUGUACAACCCCCAGAGCAAGACCUACUGCAAGAGGCUUCAGGUUUUGUGCCCAGAACAUUCCAGGGACCCAAAGGUCCCAGGGGAUGAGGUGUGCGGCUGUCCUCUGGUCCGUAAUGUGUUUGAGGCAACAGGCGAAUACUGCAGGGUUUCUAAACGCAAAUGUAAUAAGCACUACAACUGGGAGAAGCUCAGGAGAGCUGAGGUGGACCUGGAGCGUGUCAGAGUGUGGUACAAGCUGGAUGAGCUCUUUGAGCAGGAGCGCAACGUCAGGACUGCUAUGACCAACAGGGCUGGUCUUCUCGCUCUUAUGCUGCACCAAACCAUUCAGCACGACCCCCUGACAACGGAUCUCCGUUGCAACAAGGACAGAUAGCCGGCUGCAUCUUCAUGUUAUUUCUGAGUGGCAUUUUCGUACAUCUUUGUUAGAGAUUUAUAGUAUCUUUUUGUAGAGACUUUGGAUUUUAAGACCUUUGCUGAAGUUGAAAAACAGAAAUAUUUGAAUGGUAAAUGAAUAUAUUUUCCAUGUGUCCAGCACUAUUGAGGUCUUGCCACUUCUGGUAUCUUGCUAAUUAUAGUCUCAAAAAUAAAGACUGUGGUCAAGCUC